GCAGCGAAUGACAGAUGCACCACAUAACAUACAAACAACAAUCAUAAAAAGGAAUAUAUUAUAUGAUAAUACAAAAAACAAACAAACCAUACAAUAUGAUGAAUAUUCCUGUGAUAUUUGUCUGUGUAAUGGCGUAGACCAAUCGAUUCGCACUGCAUUUAAAGUAAAUUAUUGCAAAGAGUGCAAAACACAGCUUGAAUUAAUAACACAAUCCACUGCAAUAAAUGACUAUUUAUUAAGCAAAGAAGACGUAAAAGGUCUAAAUCACAUGAAAGUAUCAAAUCCACGGAAUGAAGACUGGAAACCAAUGAUUCUCUACAGAAAAUCUGAAGUAGAAGAAAUUUCCAAGAGGAAGUAUCCGAGCAUAGAAGAGGAGAAGGCCCUUCGCAGGGAAAAACUCAAAAAAAGAAAAGAGAAAUCGCUUAAGAAGAAACUUUCUUUACUUAGACAAACCACAAAAUUAAGACUAAAACAAGAAACCACGCACUCACAUGAAUUCUCAGAAGAAGGAAUGUGCACGUGUGGUAUGAAAAUAGAAAUUGAAGAAAUAUAA